GCGUGGGUCACCUUCAAACGCAGAGCCGCAUGUCAAGCUCACGUGACACAAACCAACAUCUGCAGCAACGGUGUCAGCCGUUGCGAGAUUCGUUCCGUGACCUGGGUGUAACGACGAACGCAGUGUUCGUGCAAUAGCGGAACACGCGUGGACACUCACGCUCGGCAUUGUUAGCCUGUAUGCCGGGUUGGUACCACUUCAUGAGUCACCGACUUUCCGUGGAGUUCGGUGAGUCGCCCCUCCGCUGCUGCUUUUUUCCGUUGCAGACCCUGCAGAGAAAAACAGGGACUUCCGUUCUCAGGUUUCACUACAGCGCUUUGUCUUUCGACGACUGCCCUCUCAUCGGUCGUUGACGAGAUCUUUUGAGGCCUUCAUACUCCCUCUCGCUCUCUGUCGGAGAACGGGCUGCAAGUAAGUUGCUCGUUCGCGCCUGGGGACGCCGGCGUAUGCACCUGCUGCGGAAGCCCGUGUUCACCUGGAGUUGUGGCACGACGUCCACCAUGAUGGAAGACUCGUGCUAUGUGUCCAUUCCUGCGGAGGUAGGGGAUAGAAGGUCGCGUGGACCGACAAGAUCGGCUUCUCGCGGAGUCCCACUCCGAUCUUUUCCUCCGGCGCGAGCCCACGUCUCGUGGCCUGCGUGUGGUCACGCAGACGACCCUGUGACAGAUGCGAGAUCCUCGCUGCUGGCGCCUGGACCUUCUCACACCAUUGUCCGAUCGCACUAUUCUUACUUUGCGAGUUCUCCGCGCCGCAUGUCUUUCCAAAAGCCCGCCUCUGCGCGAGGCUUGCACAGCAAGUCCGCUAGGUCCUCAAGCGCGAUUCGGUUGCAUGCGCCUCAGGCUCAGCUGCAGUCCGAGGAAGUCUCAGACGAAGGCCACGACGACGCCACGCAAGAUGUCGGGCCAGAAACCGGCUUUAAAUACACGGGCUGGCAGCCUCCGGCGGAGGCAAGCGCAGAGGCGGACUCUGAAGGCACUCGGGGUGAAUGUCGAACGGCUGAAAACCUUUCUCUUUGUCAAAGGGCGACGCAUGCAGUUGUAUCGCUAGUGAAACAGACGCACUUGGUUGUGAUGGGGAUCUUGAUCGCGGUCCUGGACAACAUGCCCUACGCGACGCUCUUGUUUCCGGCCAGCCACGCAUACCUCGUUUCCCUCGGCGCAACCGCCAUUCUAACUACGACUGCUGCAAGCCAGAUUGUGAUGGGGCUGUUCUCCGUGUUCCCCUUCGCCGUUGGAGCGUUCACGAUUGAAAACGUCCCCUUCCUCAAAUCCAUCAGCGUGGCUGCGAUCCAGAACGCGGCCGCCAAAGGUCUCAACGACGACUGGGUCGUUAGCACGAUUCUCAUGUGCUGGAUGAUUGCUUCCUUUUUGACCGCCGCUACGUUCUACACGCUGGGCGCUUUGAAGCUGGGCCGUGUCGCGGACUACAUUCCACACACAGUGCUCCUCGGCUGCAUCGGGGGGAUGGGGCUCUUCAUGGUGACCGCUGCGCUGGGCGUCGCCGCAGGCUGCGAAUGGGAGUGGAACGCUGAAACGCUGGCCGCGGUUCUAUCGGCGUCUGCUUUUCCGCGCAUUUGCCUCACGCUGGUUGUGGAGGUGGUGUUGAUCCUCGCCGAGGUCAAGUACUCCAGCCCCACGUUCACACCCAUUUUCCUCUUGGCCUUCCCGGCCAUGUUCUACGUGCUGCUCUUUCUUCUCGGCAUCUCCGUCGAUACAGCGAGACAGGCCGGAUGGAUUUUCGGCUGGGCCGCGACGCCAUCUGAUGUGGAGCCGGCAACUGCCCUAGAAACCUCCACUUACAGUGCCAACGCGUUUGCUGAACUGGAUGACUUGCGCCGCAGUGCGUGGGGGAAGAAUGCAGAGCCUACCCACAGCUCUGACCAACUGACCAUCUACUCGCAAUUCUCGAUUGGCUGUGUGGAUUGGCACUGCGUUUUUUCGCAGGCGCCGUCCAUGAUUGCCAUAGUGGUGUUCUCAGUUCUGCAUGCGCCCAUCAAUGUGCCUUCCCUGACGCUCACGACGGGAGUUCCCUCGACUCUGGACUACGAGCUGAAGGUCCACGGCCUAGCCAGUCUGGCCGCCGCGGUCACUGGUGGACUCCAGUGCUACAUCACGUACUCAACAUCCACUCUGUUCUGGAAGUGUGGCAUCAAAGACCAUGCUGCGUCUGUGCUGGUUGGCGUCGGAACGGUUGCCCUGCUUCUCACGGUUUCCCCCAGUGUGAUUCUGACAUAUUUUCCCCGACCCGCUGCGGCUGUGUUCAUGUUUCACGUAGGCGUCGUUCUGGUCAACGAUGGCCUGAUUGCGAGUAAAAAUAUCGUCUCCUUCGCCGAAUAUGUGGUGAUUCUCGUCACCGCCGCGUCCAUGCAGAACGCAUUUACAGAUGGUCUCAUCGUCGGGCUGAUUCUCUCGGCCACUCUCAGGUUGUUUCGUACCAUUGUUGCUGCCAUGAGAGGACGAAGGUGGCUUUCGUAAGCAACCUUUGCGUCACACGUCGUUACACGUCCAUUUUUGCCCGUCUCUCGUGUGGAAGGGCAAACAGGGAGUUCCCUAUAUUUUUUGGCAGAAUCCAGGGGUGAGCGUUCACCGCUGUUCCCAAACAGGGACGCGGGUGUACCAUUUGAAGGUUUCUGCGUUAUCGCUUUCGCGCAGCUAGAGCCCGUUGUCCUACUGCAAAAAUUCUCAAGCUGAGUCCGUCAAUGCCUCGUAACUGCGCGUGUAAAGGUCAAGACAUAGCUUGGAUAUGCUCAUUCGUAUUUCAAGAGCCUGUGCAUUUGGUGCACGUUAAAACACCUCAGGGGACGCUUGUUGUUAAAAUGCGGUGUGUGCCCCAACUGUAGGGCUCCGCAAGAGCAGCAAGCAGCUAAGGAUGAUGCGGUGGAAAUGGGACUCUAAUCUGCCACUAUCUAGGCUUCCGCUAGCAGCAGCGGAAACACGUUCCGCAGUAACGUUUGAUAUUCUAAUACGCUUGUCUCAGCUUUUUUGGAAAGCGGAACUGCACGGGUUCCUUGGUUCCUUCUAGACGGCAAAUGCAUCGUCAAAGUGUUUUGUCGCAGCGAUCCAACAAUAUGUUCACCGAGUUGUGGUUCUACCCUACGCCAAUAGCAUCUGAAGUGCUUUCCUGCUGAACAGAUUGUGUCUCUGUGAUUCGCUUCGCUUGUAAUCAAGAUUUUGAAAAGGAUGCAUGGCGCGGGAAUCAGUUGUUGAAGAUGCCGGUCUUCUGGAGUUUCGGCCCCUCUCAGUGGAAGCGAAACCAGCAGGUCAAUUUCUUUAAUAUGUUUUGUGUUUCCGGAGGUGGGGCAGCACUGAUUUCUCGAAACGCGCCAUACGCUUUUUAGACAGCAGUUCCAACGCAACCAUCGAGCGUGAUUCGCAUGUCUACAGUGGCCAGUGUCGCUGCCAGGGUUGGCUUUUCGAUGGUAAACGUUCUAAAGGAGUCGCGGUCCACAGGUAGCGUGCAUAUCCGACACGUUUUCUCGUGUACGUGGCUUAGGAUUUGUUUGGUGUAAAUGACCCCCACGGUUAUUUGCGCUUGAACCAGUCGAGGCCUGAACAUUACGUGAUUUGCUGUGAAGCAGCCCCGCAGGUGUACUCUGGUGCGCAUCUUAACAAAUGCGCGUCCAUCGCAGACCAUUCCUCUUCCUCACAGUGCAAGGUCACGUACCACACGGUCGCACAGGAUCAGUGAUAAGCAGAAAUAUGUGCCCACCACUGGCCACCAUAUACCUUUUUUUCCCGUGUUCUGAUUCGUACUUUCCUGUCAGCGGCCUUGUCCGUAUCCGUUUGCCCGCCUUUCCUCUCGAAGAUACCUUUUAGUUGUCAGGCAGGGAGUUAAAAAUGUGGAGCACUCUGUAGUGGUCAAUAGGAAGGCAUCGUCUUCUGAAAAACGGCUGCAAUUCUGAUUCAAAUUUCUCGGUUGAGGGAAACAGGCACAGUAUGUAAACGCAAGGAAGUUCCAUUGGGAAACAGUAUGUAGACUACAGGGAAGCCUUUACCUUUGGCUAAAACAGCCAAGCACGGCAACGUCAGAGUGAAUCUCCUGUCCCGCACAAUCUCUACAACACCGACAUUCCGAUUGCCGCUUAUCGCCUUCAGACGCGGCGGAGGGGCAGUUUUUUGCCCCUAUCACGCGGUGUGCUCGCAAGUGACCGGAGCGUGAGGAGUCUUCUUGGCAUAUGUCUAUUUCAGUGUCAGAGUCUCUGGCGGUGUUGGCCUGUUUAUUUCCUUAUUGACGACCGUUCUUGCAAAUUGUUUUAUGUCGUACAUCCUAUUAACGCACAGCGCGUGUCCGAUUUGAGGUAAGAUGUGCACAUGCAUGGAUCGUUCUACCCGUUAAACGGAGAAACUGGCAUCCAACAAGCAUUUCUGUGCUGUCAUUCUUGUGUUCCAACUAAUUUCCAAUACUAUCAGCAUCCUGCACGCGUGGCCGGCCUGACACCACCUCAUACGCCGAAGUCUUCGACAAUGUAACAGUCAGCGCACGCAAUGCAUUAUACUGAUAUUCAUGGAUAGGGCGGCUUCACUGUAAUGGCAGCACUUCCUAUAUCAACGCCCUACAGGGGUUUUGAGUGAGACAGGAGAAGCGGUUCUAAGCACAGAACAUGUACAUUAACAAACGUGGUCAACAGUACAACGUAAAAGGUGACCACAAACUGACAACUCAGGGUCACGCAUCAAAUGCAAUACCGUUCAUGCCAUGUGCAACCACAGCACGCUGUUCACUGCCGUUACUCGUCAGCUGUGGCUAGCAGCCAACACACUUCAGUGUUAAGUUCAUCUCUGUACAGCGGAAACUCUGUCCGAUACGCGAAUUUGGAGUUUUCAUGGAGUAGGUAGCUCAUUCAAUAAGAGGAGCUCGUCGACGUGACAGAUCGAUGGAUGGAGUACUUUUCUAUGAAGACUGUGUGACACAGUGUAGUUGCGCGUGUGGCUACACAAGGCAUCCCUCCCCCAUCACCGUCCGCAUGCGACCUAGCAGUUACCUGGCAAGGAGUGAAAUAGUGUCUGUCCCGCGUCGUUGUAGCAUCGGGAAUGGUCGUUGUGUUGACGCAGACGUAGGACAGUGAAAAGUUACUUUGGCAUUGUGCAUACGUGUGUCUUGUAAGAAAUUAUCUUCGUCGGCCGAACGUGUGUGCCGCCUCCUUGCCGUCUGUUGUUGCGCUCCCCAAGGCGAACUGCCCCAGCUGCGUUGGUCGCGUUUCGUUUUCAAGUCAGUGGAACGGUGCCGCUUGUCUGGAAGUGACGAGACACUCUGGUGCAAACGGAAUGAUGCGGAAAAUCUUCGCAUGCUAGGGACAUGCAGUUCAGGGGGGGUAUGGAGCCGGCAUUCAUCAUAAUGCCUCAAGAAGUGCGGUGUCACGUGAUUUACGAUUCUGCCCUGUCGAGGGGCGGCGGCGCAUGAGCCUUUCCUUUCCUCUCAUUUCAUCUGAUUCCUUUUGGAAGUGGAACUUCCAAAAGUGAUCAUGGAAAUGCGUAUGUAGUCGAGGAGCAUGUCCAGCUACUUCUCCCGGAAAAAACCUUUCACUGCUCUAACGCCGACGGUCCAACGAUAGAGGCGCGGCCGAUAUAUUGACGCAGUGAGUAUGCUCAGCCAAUGUUACGUGGCAGAGGACGCUUUCACCAAACAACCGUUGAGGCUGGUGUUUCGGCUAAUUGCUGAGCUACACCGCGUCAUCUAGAUUGCCAGGCAAUAUGAGUGGAAGAAAUCCACCAGUUCUUUGUUGUUUUACACUUUUGUACUGAGCACGGUGUUUCAAGGUUUCCUGCAACAUGUUCUGUUUGUCGCUCGCUGUCCCAAGAACCGCUUCAUCCGUUGAUUAUCAAUGUACAGAAGUGUGUCGAUUUGCAGCCUUUGUUUUAUUAUCACUGAGUAGUGCAUAUCUGGACCGGCAUGUCAAUUGUCUCCGGUUGUAGUCGAUUUUCGCAGACCUUCGCGUUCAGGAUAACUGACUGGUGAAACGUGAAGUUUGCCCAUCCGGUACUCUCUUGUGAAAUGUAUUCUGCAGCUUUCAUAACGGUCCGUUUCCUGCAGGCAGGGCAACAUGGUUGCCCGUCUCGCGCCUUCUUUGCUCCCGAGUAUGAACAGACGCCUACGAACAGGAGGUUUUCCCGGUUAGGUAUCAUUUCAACAACAGAUGCAGCAUGGUAGCGGACAAAGUAUGGCGGGGAUGGCGCCAGGGUUCGAAGCUGCGCAGAGUCAAAGGGGCUUGGUAGAGCUGUUUUCCGAAGGCGACGGAGGUGUGCGUAAGCGUCGGAGGCUCUUGGAGGAUGAUGCACAACACGUGGACGGUGGAGCUAAUAAACAUGAUGGACGCAAACGAGAGGCGGACUCUUGUCUGCACAUCGUGGAGUCCCGUUCGGGAUCGUCGUCGCCAACUUUCUGCUCUCCGAGUGUAAACUCCUUCCAGUCUUCCCCUGUCUGUAACUCUCCAGCUUAUCUUGCUCAGUCACCGCCACAAGAUGAAACAGCACCGCGUUGUUCUGGCCACUUCCACGUUUCCACGCAGCACACCCAUUUACAAACGCAGCACAGGGAUGUUCUCCUCUCGAGCCGACAAUGCAAAAGUGACCGUGGUAAAAACGUGUGCAGUUUGCGGAGUUCCACCUGCUGUCCCUCUUCAGCAGACACGCCGCCGUACCCGUACACUUCGUACUCCACACCUCUUCCGUAUGUGGAAGAGCCCUCUAGUGAAGACGAUGACAACUCACCACCCCUGGCGAAUCAGUCGCCACGCGGCAGCGGGUCACGGACUUCGGUUGCUGCAACAAGGCAGUCAAACGUGACUAGUAUGUCAGCGCUUUGUGCCAGGAGCGGCGCUGCAGGCGGUAACCCGUCCCUGUUGCUUCCGCGUUCCGGUCUUGAAGGGGGCAGAAACGCAGCACGUUCUUUGUAUCCUUGUCCAGAUGAAAGUGACCUCCCCCAAGUGGGGCGGGAUGAGAUCACGUUGUGUGCGAUGGAAGAAAAAUCAUACUUGCGAAGAUUGACGGUGGGUGAGGUGUGGUCAGACAGCAGAUGCUUUUCCGAAGAGGGGGAGAUCAAGCUACCGAGAGUGGAUGAACCGUCAAGCGCAGACGAGGAUCAAUGACUUGGGAUGACAGCCGAAAGAAAUGCAAGUGGCGAACGAAUACUGUUAUAAAGUCGCCCCGGUGCAGCGGAGUCUCGCUGCGGCAACUGCUAGCAAAAGACGUGGACAAAGUUCUCGAAAGAAAUUGCACUACUCGUGUAGCGACGGACUUCUUUAGAACGGGGAUUUUUUCGUGGCGGUGUGGAAAUGUGUUUCAUGUCUCUUUGUCUGUGAAAGAGGGAUGUGAUCGCGGAGAUGCUCAGAAGAGGAAUUGUCGGUGAUGUUUGAAGAAAGGUUGGAGGCACAAAAUGCUGCAGGAAUCUGCAGGGCACGUUUUCUGCGACCAGUGCAAGCUCACGAAUCUGCUGGAAGCCAGCGCAUGUAAUUGAUUGCAACUAAGAGGAGAAGUUACUAAUGACUGUUUUGAUUGCUGUUUCAUCAGGGUCGCAGGUUCCCGGCGGCGGCACAGCACCUCUGCAAUGACGCGGGAAAAUCUGUGUAAUCGUCGGUUUAGUGGUGGCAGUGUGUAGUCCCUUUUGUUGUUGACGCCUCUGAAGGGUGACGAAUGAAUUUCUGGUGCAUGCGUGACAAAACGAGCAAUAUAGAGCCGUAUCUCUAUAUGUAGAGAUACAUACUUAUUCGCAAUGUAGUUUGGUUGCGACAACAGCCGAGGGCCUCACUCUUUUCAGGAGGAAGGAAUGUAGAUGAAAACCCC